AUGAGCGCCCGCGAUCUUGUCGAGGGAGAGGCCAUGCUGGAUGAUGAGGAGAAUGAAGAGGAGUUGGCUGAUGACUAUGACGGCGAAGGCGAAGCUCAUCAGGGUGCUGGCACUGCGAAUCCCUACGACUCAAGUGAAGAGGACGAUGAUGAUGAUGACGAUGAGGAGGCCGCCCGUGCAGUCCGGGAAGGUUUUAUUGUCGAUGAAGAUGAAGAACUGGAAGACCGCGCGGAGCGCCGGCGGGAGAAGAGAAAGCGACGUAGGGAAGAACGCGAGCGCGAAGAUGAGCACCUAGAUGAGGAAGACUUGGAACUCAUCGGAGAACUCAAUCCGUCACUUCAAGCCCCGGUUGCUGCAGAGUCUAAAUUCAAGCGCUUGAAACGAGGACACAAAGAUCGUGAUCUUCGACAGCCCUCUCAAGGUAUCGACGACAUUUUCAACUCCGACGAAGAAGAGGAAGCUGCAGGCGACUAUGGAAGGCAUGGGCAUAGGAGGCAUAUGCAUGAUGAGAUGGACGACUUCAUCGAGGAGGACGUUUUCUCGGAUGAGGAGCUACAGAGGGAACGAGAGGACCUAGAGAUUGCGCGUCCCGCAAAGAAGGGCAUGACCGGCUUAGGAGCUACUGAUGCUGCUGGACUAGAUGAAAACGCCUUAGAGGAUAUGCGCGCGGCUUUUGGAGACGGCAAUGAAUACUUGUUUGCUCUGGAGAUGGAGGAUCAAGAGGAAGAGCAGGAGGAAGAUGAAGAGAAACACUUGGAUCUCAAGGAUGUCUUUGAGCCAUCUCAGUUGGCGGAGAAGAUGUUAACGGAAGAGGAUAAUCAGAUCCGUCUGUUGGAUGAACCGGAAAGACAUCAGAUUGCCCGGAAGCCGUAUCGCAACGUUGUCCUCACCGAAGAGCAAUUCCGAGAAGAAGCCGCCUGGAUCUCUAACCUCAUGCUCCUCAAAAAGCGCAUUGAACCCGAGCUGCGCGAACCUUUCCAACGAUCUGUGGCCAAGGUGCUUGAGUUCUUAGUGACGGAUGAUUGGGAAGUCCCGUUCAUCUUCCAGCAUCGGAAGGACUACAUGAUUCAUGCUGUCAAAGCUCCUGUCGAGGGUGCCGGAGAAGAUGGUGACGCGUCUCAAUACACGGUACGAGCGGAGAAGCUCUUAAACAUGACGGACCUCUGGGACAUAUUCGACCAUGAUCUCAAGUUUAAGGCUCUGGUAGAGAAACGAAAUACGAUUCAGAAAACCUAUGAUAAUUUGCAGAGUCUAUUCAACGUGAGUGACUCUGUUGUGGAGGAGAUGCUCCCAGCAGCUGUCACGAUGGAGGAGCUUCAAGAUGUGCAGGAUUACAUUCACUUCCAAUAUGCGUCUCAGCUGCGGGACAUGACUCUUAUGAACAGCGAUGUGAACGGAGAAACACACCGGCGGAAGGCGUCAAGCAAAACCUUUUUCGAGCGUGUCCGAAAUGGUAAGGCAUACGGCUUGGUGCGUGCAUUUGGCAUUACAGCAGAUGCUUUUGCGCAAAAUGCUUUGAAGGAAGGUCGUCGUCAGUAUACGGAAGACCCAGCAGAGAGGCCGGAGGAGAUGGCCGACGGGUUUGUGGAUAAUGAUUUCUCCAAUGCAUCGCAUGUUAUUAAAGCUGCCAAGAGCUUGUUCGCCGAGGAAAUCGUGAUGAGCCCUAAAAUGCGAAAGGUCAUUCGCCAGGCGUACUACAUGAAUGGCGCUGUCGACUGCUUCCGAACGGAGAAGGGCCUCCGUAGGAUCGACGAGCAGCACCCCUACUAUGAGUUCAAAUACCUUCGAAACCAGCAGCUCAGUGACAUUGCCCGCCGACCGGAGCUUUAUCUUCGCAUGCUUAAGGCCGAAGAGGAGGGUUUGGUGGAAGUCAAGGUCCGCUUCGAGAACUUUGACCAGUUCCGCCAACGUCUUUAUCCCGACAUUGAAUCCGAUAACUAUAGCGAAAUAGCGGACGGCUGGAACCGUAGUCGUCGGGACGUCUUGGACAUGGCUCUUGGUAAGUUAGAGCGACUGAUUAACCGCAGCGUGAAGGAGAACAUCCGCCAGGAAUGUGAGAACCAUGUGGCAAAGGAAUGUCGAGAAACUUUCUCUCAGCGAUUGGAUCAAGCCCCCUAUAAGCCUAAGGGAAUGGUGCUGGGAACUGUUCCCCGCGUUUUGGCUUUGUCCACUGGGAGUGGGGUUGUGGGACGGGAACCUAUACAUUGGGCCUACAUUGAAGAGGACGGCCGUGUGUUAGAAAAUGGAAAGUUUGUGGACUUGUCAAUCGGAGAUCGUGAUCGUAACAUCCCAGAUGGCAAGGAUGUUGAGGCCUUCGUGGAGCUUGUGGAUCGCCGCCGACCGGAUGUCAUUGGCGUCAGCGGCAUGUCCCCCGAGACUCGUCGUUUAUACAAACUCCUGGCUGAGGUUGUCGACAAAAAGGAUCUGCGCGGCGCUCCGUACACCGAUGACCAUGACGAAGAGAUCAGUGAUCGCUUGGAAGUGAUCAUUGUGAACGACGAGGUGGCGCGUCUCUAUCAGCACAGCGAACGGGCAAAGAAAGACCACCCCAGCUUUGCCCCUUUGACACAUUACUGCGUUGCUCUAGCUAAGUACCUGCAGAGUCCCUUGAAGGAGUAUGCUUCGUUAGGCCGGGACAUUGUCUCUAUUCAGUUCAAGCCGGGUCAGCAGCUGGUUACCCAAGAGCUACUUCUAAAACAACUAGAAACGGCAUUGGUGGAUAUGGUUAACCUUGUUGGUGUGGAUAUUAAUGAAGCGGUUACGGAUUCCUCGACGGCCAACCUUCUUCCUUACGUUUGUGGUCUUGGUCCUCGUAAGGCAGCUCAUCUACUCAAGAUCGUCAACAUGAACGGUGGCGUGGUGAACAACCGUGUAGAGCUUCUGGGUGUGAAUGCGCAGUAUCCAGCAAUGGGCGUCAAGGUCUGGAACAACUGUGCCAGCUUCCUGUACAUCGAUUUCGAGAACGUCGAUCCGGAUGCGGAUCCAUUGGACAACACACGAGUACACCCCGAGGACUACGAUAUUGCUCGGAAGAUGGCCGCCGAUGCCUUGGAGCUAGACGAGGAAGAUAUCAAAGCGGAAACGGAUGAGAACGGCACAGGCGCUAUCGUGCGUAAACUGUUCCGUGAAGAAGCACAGGACCGAGUCAAUGAUCUGAUUCUGGAGGAGUAUGCGGAACAGCUGGAAAAGAAUCUGAAUCAGCGAAAACGCGCCACACUCGAAACCAUUCGGGCAGAACUGCAACAGCCGUAUGAGGAACUGCGGAAGCAAUAUGUCUUCCUCAGUACGGACGACAUCUUUACCAUGCUCACGGGUGAGACAUCGGACACUUUGGCCGAAGGCAUGGUGGUGCCAAUCUCCAUUAAGCGGGUCUCUGACGACCACAUUGACGGCAAAUUGGAUUGUGGUAUCGACGCCCUCGUUCCUGAGUCAGAGCUUACCGACCGAUAUGAUAUACCCGUGCGGGCACUAUACUCACCGCAUCAGACCGUGUCGGCCAAGAUACUGUUCUUGAAUCGUAAAAACUUCACAUGCAACGUCUCUUUGCGGGAGGAGCAAGUCAGUCGCCCAGUGUCCAACACGCAAGAUCGCUUGCGCGGAGAAUGGGAUGAGCGGCAAGAGCAGCAGGAUCGCGAGUCUCUGCAGGAGAAAACUCAAAGUGGGGGACGAACGAUGCGAGUCAUCAAGCACCCAUUGUUUAGGCCAUUCAAUUCGACCCAGGCGGAGGAGUUUCUGGGCUCGCAAAGUCGGGGUGAUGUGGUUAUUCGGCCGUCGUCCAAGGGCCAUGACCAUCUGGCUGUGACGUGGAAGGUGGCCGAUGGUAUCUUCCAGCAUAUCGAUGUACUGGAGUUGGACAAAGAAAACGAGUUCUCCGUUGGACGGACUUUGAAGGUUGGGGGUCGUUAUACCUACAGUGACUUAGAUGAUUUGAUCUUCAACCAUGUCAAAGCAAUGGCUAAGAAGGUGGAUGAAAUGAUGCUACAUGAAAAGUACCAGGACGGCACCAAGGAUGCUACUUAUUCUUGGUUGGAGACUUAUACGAAAGCUAAUCCCAAACGAUCCGCCUAUGCUUUUUGUAUUGAUCCCAAACAUGCCGGAUACUUUUUCCUUUGUUUUAAGGCUGGUGAAAAUGCGCGACUGCAUAGUUGGCCGGUGAAGGUGAUUCCUCAAGGCUACGAGCUCCAACGCAAUCCAUAUCCUGACAUGCGGGCGUUAUGCAAUGGAUUUAAGUUAUUAUUUACCAACAUGCAAGCAGGCAAACGGAGGUGA